AUGAAGUGCAUGAGUGAAAUGAAGAAGCAGGGUUGUGAGCCUGAUAUGUUUACUUACAAUGCUCUGAUUCAUGGGUUUUUUAACAAGGGUGAUACUAAGAGUGCCCAGAAGGUGUUUGAUGAAAUGACUUGCAAGCGUGAUAUAAUCACUUACAAUACUGUGAUUCAUGGGUUUUGUAAUUUUGAUACUGCGAGGCAAGUUUCGGGUCGUAUCAGGGAAAAUAAGGAUUGUUUGCCUGAUACGGUAACAUAUACAACUUUGAUUGAUGGGUAUUAUAAGAAAGGCGAGUUGAUGGAGGCAAUGAAGUGCAUGAGUGAAAUGGAGAAGCAGGGUUGUGAGCCUAAUCAGAUUAGCUACAGUAUUUUGAUUCAUUGUUUGUGUAAGAAGGGUGAUAUUAAGAAUGCCCAGAAGAUGUUUAAUGAAAUGAUUUGUGAGCCAAAUGUGAUUACUUAUAAUACUAUGAUUCAUGGGUUUUUUAAGAUUGGUGAUUUUGAUAGUGCAAGGAGCGUUUUGGUUCGGAUGACAGAGAGUAGGGAUUGCUUGCCUGAUAGGAUAACUUGUACAAUAUUGAUUGAUGGGUAUUGUAAGAAAGGCAAGUUGGAGGAGGUGAUGAAGUGUAUGUAUGAAAUGGAGAAGCAUUGUUGUGAGCCAAAUGUGAUCACUUAUAGUACCAUGAUUCACGGGUUUUGUAGGAAGGGUGAUUUUGAUAGUGCACGGAGAGUUUUGGGUCGGAUGAGGGAGAGUAAGGAUUGCUUGCCUGAUUUGGUAACUUAUACAACUUUGAUUGAUGGGUAUUGCAAGAAAGGCGAGUUGGAGAAGGUGAUGAAGUGCAUGGGUGAAAUGGAGAAACUGGGCUGUGAGCCUAAUCUGUUCAGUUGCAAUGCUCUGAUUCAUGCUUUGUGUUUGAGUGGGCACAUUGGUGAGGCGAAGGAGAUGGUGACAAAGAUGAGAUUACAUGGUGUGGAGGACGAUAUAGUAACACACAUGACUAUCUUGAAAGGGCCUUACAUUGAGGGGAGGCCAGAUGCCGCUGCUAAACAUCUUAAAGAUAUAGUGAACCUUGGGAUGAAACCGGAAGUGGCAUAUGUGGUGAUUUUUAAUGAGUACUCUAAGUUGAGAAACCAGAUGGAGCGAUUUAGCUUUUGA